AUGGAGCCACCGAAAGAGCCUACCACCGAUGUGAAGGGCCUCGAAGAGAACCAGCUAGCUGCGAAAGAGGCGCCAGUCCAGCUGACGGAAAAGCAGAAGCGGAAGCUGGCGAUGAAGAAAAAGCACAAGAAUAAGCCAAAGAGCAAAAGUGCUGGACAGCCAAAACCCACUGGCUUCGAGGAAUACUUUGCCGAAGCCCCCAUCAGCCCUGAAGAGCACUACCACGAGCUGAAUAUUUACGGCCAAGACCGCCCUGCGCUUUUUCGGCUGCAGGAUGCCUUGUCCAAAUAUCAGCGCAACCGUAAACUGAUGACCGAGCGCAUGACCAUAUUUGUCCACUAUCUGAGAUACGGUGGCGUCGAUGUCGGUGCUAAGAUGUUCGGCGGCAUCUCUGAGAGGGAGAUGAGGGAAAUGGACAAUGAGGAAAUCACAGCCGCUCGCUCGCAGACGGAUAUCAGCGUCGAUAAACUGAAGCUCAAGAUUGACUUUGAGCUCGUUGUCAAGGGUUUCCUAUCUUCCUACUUUCCAGAUUAUAUGCAGCCGGAAAGCCUGGAAGAGAUCAAGAUGGCCACUGCCACGAUCAAAAACUGGCUCAACUACUUGCUCUAUCGGAAAGUAGUCCCCGAAUACGAAGAUAACAUCAAAUCUGCCAGCCGCUUCUGUGCACUUGCCGACAAACAGCUUUGGGACAAUCGGUGUCUCCUCUUAGCAGGCCCUGGAGAUUUCAACAAAGCUUGUUCUUUCCUCUACGGGGGGCACUAUUUCGACCCUGAGGCCAGAAAGGGUCCGUCUGGGACGUGGGAUCAAGAAAACCAAGGCAGCCCUCGAAUGUCGGAAGAAAUUGCCCACAAAGUGAUGAAAUUUGCCCUAGUCUGCACUUGCACUGAUGAGCAAUCCUCGUCCUUCACCAAAACGUCGCAGGUCAGUGCGCGCCCCAUCGAGGAUAUCGAUGGUUUUGAGGUGACGGAGAUUCUCGCGGUGGACGAGAAAGUGCGAGACUUCUACAGCCUCCACGCGCCCGACCUAAACCCUGUUGGUAAAUUGCGAGGCAAGGCAUGGAGAAUCCCCAACGGCGUCAAGGUCGACCUAGCGCCUGGUGAGAAAUUGCCAGACAUCGACAACUUGGAGUUUGAGUUUGUGGUGGAAGAGACACUUCUCCGGCACUGCUAUGUCGGAAUGAAGAUUGACACCACCGUCUGGGAAAUGAACUUUGGCAUGUACUUUUUCGAUGAGAUCAUGGCUGCUUACAGCUCUUUCUACACCAUCUUGUGGAACGACCUGAUGGCUGGGUGGAAAGAGCCGCGGUAUGUGACGAAAGAGGGCGAGAAGAAGAAAGGGGAAGGAGAAGUUGACAAGACUGAGGCCGGGGCUGAAGAGAGCCAGGAUGGGGAUCAGUAG